AUGGCUGAUAGCAACCCCGAACCGACCGACAACAUGUCAAGCCUUGAUAGAACUGUUGAUGAGGGGGCUUCAACUGGAGCUCGCCAAGCGAGGGCAGCUUCUGAAAGUGCUGCGUCGGAUACUUCAACCUUAGUUCACCAGCCAAGGGGAUUCGAUAUGGAACAUCUUCGGGAUACCGCUAGACAGUUUGUCAAGGAUCCAGACGAGUUUACUCGCGAUGAGGUUGCCAUGCUCAUCCAAUCCUUUCCUGCUAUCAGCAAUCCAGACUACGCUCCUUCGAUCUGCACCAUAUGCCAGAAGGAAAUGGGUCCUGGGUCAAUUGUCUGCCUUGGGUGCCCAAAUGACCUAUACCACGCGGUGUGUCUACUCGGUUGGUUCACUCGUAUCGACGACUAUACAGGUAGUUAUCGACGUAAAUGUCCCAACUGCAAUAUGCCACUCUACAAGGAAACGUACGAUGGGUUUGCCCGCCGCGUAGCUGCACUUGAUGACGUGAGUGUAACUGAUGAGGACGACCCAGAGCCAGAAGACGAAGAUGACGAGCCCGAUACACACGAGGCUGAUACACCUGAGUCUGGUCCACUUCAACCUGCUCACGAACCUGAUACCCCUGAGUCUCCUAGUUCUCAGGAGCUGACGCUUUACCAGCAUGCCCUGGCCAACACAGUUCCGUCGAUCCCCGGUAACGAGAUUGAAAACCGGGAGGAGAUUGACGACUCCAGUCAUGAGAACAACGCCACUAUCGAUGCCAUGCAUGGCUGGAUAGUACGUGUUACGCCCUGGGAUGAGAUGCUGGCAAUGCGCGAGACGGUCCAGCCCCAUGGAACAAUCGAUUGGCAGAAGUUGUACGCAGUCUUCAUGGGAACCAAGCACCGCCUCUCGCAGCGCCUGACCCCCCUCAGAUCCCAUCCCAGUCUCGCCCAGAGUGGUCGUGAAGUGCCGCAGCUGGAAAAAGAACUGGACCAGGGUGAGUACUUGUUUGACAAUCAACUGAGGAGCACUAGCUGGCGCAUGGGAAUGCACGCAUCCGCACGUCUAGCCUUGGGUCUCGGUCGUACGAUUGACGACCUUGACAAUGAGCCUGACCACCUCGUCUGGUGGGACAUCCUUGUCACGUACGCCCAGGCAUAUGAUUUGCCAUGUGAUGCAUCAGUUGCAAAGAUGAGGGAAGCUCUGCAUGCCUUCGUCAAUUCACUGGGCCAUGGCUUCCGAUCAUAUAGAGAAGAGGCUCUCUUGCGGGGGCUGGUCUUGGAGCUUUCUAGACAGAACUUGGCCAUGUUUAUAGAAGACGAUGACAUGGCCGCCGAGUGUCAGAUUCUAGAAGAGGCAGUGAAGGGUGCCCACUGGUACAGAGCUCAAGAAAACGGCACACUAGAUCUUCGUUGAUCAUGGAUGACGGAGGAGAAACACGGAGAAUGGAAGCUCAGCAGCCAGCAGUAAGGGUAUAUACUCUGCUUGUGAAGCCGAUUUUGUUUAGCUGACUUUUCCAG